AUGCGAACUAAUGUCUUCAUUCAUAAUACAUAUUACUACGGGAAUUCGAAAUCACUUGGCAAAAACGCAGUGGCGAUUGUAAUGACCUUGCAUAAACGGACCAUCGACAAUUUACUAGAUUAUAAAUUUAAGCUAAUUGGCUCAAAUUCGACAUUGAGGAAACAUUCACUAGCAACGCUAUCAAUAGAGGAAAUUCCAAAUGCGAGAUGCGACUAUGUGAUGACCCUUGCAUUAUCGAAUACGGUCGAUAAUAUGGAAAAACUUGAAAUAGCCGCCAACGGAGUUUCUACCAUAAUCCCAUUCAAACCUGCCAGGACCACCGCACCUCGUCCAAUUGUUUUCUGUAUUUCCCCUCAAUUCGUUGCUGAAGAAUGGCAAGCGUUUUUGGUGCAAGUUCAUGUUUCUAGAAGAUUCGGAGCACAUCUUCAUAUUUAUUUGCUCAGUAUUAUCGAUUCAUAUUAUGAUUUGAUGAAAGAAUACGAAAAAAUGGGAGACGUGACACUUGACCAAUGGUUAACUAUCAAAUUUCAAAAGACUGAUGAUCCGUAUUUGGAACCGAAUGGGAAUGUUGAGCUCAGGAAUCAAGCGGCCGCACAAACUGAUUGUUUGUUGCAAUAUAAGGAAGCCGUUGAAUUUAUUGGAUUCUUGGAUAUGGAUGAUAUUUUGAUUCCUCAUAACGCCAAAAACUAUCAUGAAGAAUUUCGUCGAGAAUUUGACGCGUAUACGUGGAUGAAUGCGCUGAUUUUCCAAAAAACCGAUUUUGAAACUGUCAAAGUCAAUUCUCUUGUGGACCAAACAAUCGGCAGCAUUGUGAAAAACGCGAAAUUAUUGCCAUCGAAAGAUUUGGGAAAACCAAUCGUCAAGCCCGAAUAUUACAAUUCGACAUGGAUUCAUUUUUCGAUUGACGAUCAAAUCAAAGCGCAAAAAUUGAGAAGCGAGAAUCCGAACGCGCGGCCCAAGCAAAGACGAAAUUCGCAGACAAACGCGAUAUUCCAUUUGAAAACUCUCAAAUUCAUUGACGUCGAUCGGCUCGCAACUGGAGCGAUUCCAUCAGGUUUAAAGGAUAAUAGCACAAAAUUGAUUGACGAGACGACUCUUGCUGAAAUCGAUGCCGAAUUGAAGACGCUUCAAUCGACGCCAAAUUUUCGCGAAAUCUCUCAACGUCUUCCAAAAGACGAGUUUUAUCGAAAAAUUGUCUAUCAAUGCUAUUUUCGCAACUUUUACCGAAUUCGUGAGAUGGGAAAGCUGCAAACGAAAGAAUUGUGCAUCAACGCUUAUAACUGCGAGCUUCCACAAAGAGACGAUCUCAAAUGUAUUCAUUCGGACGCAAGUUAUCAUUCGGGACCCACAAUGUCUCCAUUCACUUUUCACUGGCAGACCAGCUCAUUUUUUUCUCCACAUAUUGGAUCAAUCGAGCCAAUGAUGGAAUAUGGCAAUUUUGGAUAUUUUCUGAUCCCAUCAGCAUUGAUUGGAGUGGUUUGCAAUUGGACAGUGGUGUUCUCAAUGCUGAAAAUCGCGUCGCUGAAACAAUCAUUCGGCUAUUUGACAGCGAAUCAAGCCCUUGGCGAUGCUAUUCAUUGCACCGCGUUCUUAUUCUACGUCUGUGUAAUGAUGAUAUUCGAUAUUGAACUUUUCUUGGAAUAUUCAAAACACUGCGGAUUCGUUCUCAUCUUCUGCUAUGAGCUUUCGGUCCUCUCCCAUUUGAUUAUAUCGUUCAACCGAUUCGCCGCGAUCUACAUGCCCAUCAGAUAUCCGUCAAUGUUUAGUAUUCGCAAUACGAGUAUCAUUAUCGCGGUUAUGUGGAUAACAACGGCGACGUUGACAAUCUACUUUUAUCAAGUGCUAUGCCCGAUUUUCUACGAUCCAAGCUUGAUAAUGUUCUCGUUGCGAUUUUCCGAUUUCUGUGAGACGCUCACAUGGUACACCGACUUUUGGAAGUUCAUCGUCUGCAUUUCACUAGUUGUCGUUUUUGACACUGCCACUGUCGCCAAGGUGCACACCAUGAAUCGAAUGGUCCGUGGAUUCAAUGAUUCGAAGACCAACGAGAGUAAACGAAAACGCGAGAUGGUGUUUCUGAAACAAACAUGCUUCCAAGGAAUUGCAUUCGUCUCGGAACUAAUCUCCUAUUUCAUUGUUCCAAUUUUCUAUGCCGACAACAAAAUCAUAUUGUUCUUUCUUACAACGUUCGCAUGGGUUUCCGUGCAUUGCAUCGACGGAGUGAUCACUGUCAUCUGCAAUCCGGAGCUUCGAAAUUUCAUCACACUCAGUCAGACGAAGCGGAACAAUGCCACCUCAUCGUCGGCGAAUGCUCACACGGCUCCACCAUUCGUGAUUAAAACCGAUGCGUGA